AUGACUGAAAGAAUACCAAUAAAGAAUUAUCAAAGAACAAAUGCCAAAGCUUUACUUAAAUUGACUGAAAAACUUUUUAACAAGAACUUUUUUGAUCUCUAUUUAACCUCUCAGCAAUUGGUCGUUCUUGAAUACCUGCUGUCGAUUUCAAGUGAAGAAGACAAACUGAAAGCAUGGGACUAUUUCUUAAAGGGAAACAUAGCAUUAAAUGUCGAAAAAUCAUUUCCAUUAACCCAAGAAGAAGAACAUCACGGAGCGGUCUCUCCUGCCGUUGACACACGAUCAGAUGAUGUAUCAUCACAAACAAUUAAGGACAAUAACAAUACUAAUACCAACACCAGUAUCAGCAAUGAAAAUCAUGUUGAAAAUGAAAUUGAAGAUAAAGGCGAUAACGCAAUAGCAAAUGAAGAUAAUUUUGUGAAUAAUGACGAAAGUGAUAAUGUUGAAGAAGACUUAUUCAAAUUAGAUCUAGAGGACUUGAAGCAGCAAAUAAGCGGAACAAGGUUUAUUGGAAACUUAUCCUUGAAAAUCAGAUACGUCUUGUGGCAGUGCGCCAUAGAUUAUAUAUACUGUGAUCGUAAUGAGUUUGGUGAUGAAAAUGAUACAGAAUACACCCUAUUAGAUGUUGAAGAGAAGGAGGAAGAGGAAAUUGGUAAAAAUGAGAAGCCACAAAACAAAGAAGGUAUUUCGAAGUUCGCCGAGGAUGAAGAUUACGACGAUGAAGACGAGAACUAUGAUGAAGACAGUACAGACGUAAAAAAUGUCGAUGAUCCUCCAAAAAAUCUCGAUUCUAUUUCCUCUUCUAAUAUCGAAAUUGACGAUGAACGACGCUUGGUGCUAAAUAUCUCAAUAUCAAAAGAAACACUGUCAAAGUUAAAAACAAAUAAUGUAGAAGAAAUUAUGGGAAAUUGGAACAAAAUUUACCACAGUUUUGAAUACGAUAAAGAAACUAUGAUAAAGCGAUUAAAACUUGAAGAAAGCGAUAAAAUGAUAGAGAAAGGAAAGAAGAAACGAAGUCGAAGUGAUUUAGAAGCAGCUACCGAUGAACAAGAUCGCGAAAAUACAAAUGAUGAGCCAGAUACUAAUCAAAAAUUGCCCACUCCUGAAGGUUCAACAUUCAGCGAUACUGGGAACAAGCGCCCCAAACAAAGUAAUUUAGAUUUAACAGUCAAUCUAGGCAUCGAAAAUUUAUCAUUAAAGCACCUUCUAUCAUCUAUCCAGCAAAAAAAAUCCCAAUUAGGAAUAUCAGAUUACGAAUUAAAACAUCUGAUUAUGGAUGUCAGAAAAAAUCGGUCAAAAUGGACAUCGGAUGAAAGAAUUGGGCAAGAGGAAUUAUACGAAGCCUGUGAAAAGGUUGUUUUGGAACUUAGAAACUACACUGAGCAUUCUACACCAUUUCUGAAUAAAGUGAGCAAAAGAGAAGCCCCCAAUUAUCAUCAAAUCAUCAAAAAGUCCAUGGACCUGAAUACUGUUUUAAAAAAACUGAAAAGCUUUCAAUAUGACUCCAAACAAGAAUUUGUAGACGAUAUUAUGCUAAUAUGGAAAAAUUGUUUGACCUAUAAUUCAGAUCCUUCACAUUUUUUGAGAGGGCAUGCUAUUGCUAUGCAGAAGAAAUCUCUUCAGUUGAUUCGCAUGAUUCCAAAUAUCACAAUCCGAAACAGGGCUGAUUUAGAAAAGGAAAUUGAAGAUAUGGAAAAAGACAAAGACUACGAAUUAGAUGAGGAAGAGGAAGUUGCUGGUUCUGGAAGAAAAGGAUUGAAUAUGGGAGCUCAUAUGUUGGCCAAAGAGAAUGGCAAGGUGUCAGAAAAAGAUAGCUCUAAAACCGUCAAGGAUGAAGCACCAACCAAUGAUGACAAACUAACUUCUGUCAUCCCUGAGGGGGAAAAAGAGAAAGAUAAAACUGCUUCAUCUACUGUAACGGUACACGAAAAUGUAAAUAAGAACGAAAUAAAAGAAAAUGGGAAAAAUGAAGAGCAAGAUAUGGUUGAGGAAAGUAGUAAGACUGAGGAUUCAUCAAAAGAUGCUGAUGCUGCCAAAAAGGAUACGGAAGACGGACUACAAGAUAAAACUGCAGAAAAUAAGGAGGCUGGGGAAAAUAAUGAAGAGGAAGAGGAUGAUGAUGACGAAGAUGAAGACGAAGACAUGGUCGACUCCCAAUCUUAUUUACUUGAAAAGGAUGACGAUAGAGACGAUUUGGAAAUAUCCGUGUGGAAAACUGUAACUGCCAAAGUUCGUGCGGAAAUUUGCUUAAAAAGAACUGAAUAUUUUAAAAAUGGAAAAUUAAAUAGUGAUUCAGAGGCGUUUUUGAAAAACCCACAAAGAAUGAAAAGGUUCGACCAGCUUUUUCUUGAAUAUAAAGAGCAGAAAGCUUUAGAAUCAUAUCGUCAAAAAAUAGAGCAAAAUUCCAUUAUGAAAAAUGGCUUUGGAACAGUACUAAAACAGGAAGACGAUGACCAAUUGCAGUUUCAUAAUGAUCACUCUUUAAAUGGAAAUGAAGCUUUUGAAAAGCAACCCAAUGAUAUUGAGUUAGAUGAUACCAGAUUCCUACAGGAAUAUGAUAUUAGUAACGCCAUUCCUGACAUAGUAUACGAGGGAGUAAAUACUAAAACAUUAGACAAGAUGGAAGACGCUUCCGUGGACCGCAUGCUUCAAAAUGGUAUCAACAAACAAAGCAGAUUUCUGGCUAACAAGGAUUUAGGACUAACACCUAAAAUGAACCAAAAUAUCACACUGAUUCAGCAAAUUAGGCACAUAUGCCAUAAAAUAUCCCUGAUCAGAAUGUUACAGAGCCCUUUAUCGGCUCAAAACUCCAGAAGCAAUCCCAACGCUUUCCUUAACAACCACAUUUAUAAUUACACUAUUAUUGAUGACUCACUCGAUAUUGAUCCGGUGUCACAGCUUCCAACGCAUGAUUACAAAAACAACAGGGAGCUGAUAUGGAAAUUCAUGCAUAAGAACAUAUCUAAGGUUGCUAUGGCCAAUGGGUUUGAAACUGCCCAUCCAUCAGCAAUAAACAUGCUUACUGAAAUCGCCGGGGAUUACCUAUCUAAUCUGAUAAAGACUUUGAAGCUUCAUCAUGAAACUAACUCCUUAAAUAGAGGAACAAAUGUGGAAAUGCUGCAAACAACACUGUUGGAAAACGGUAUCAACAGGCCAGACGAUCUAUUUUCCUAUGUUGAAUCUGAAUUUGGUAAAAAAACUAAGAAACUUCAGGACAUCAAACAGAAACUAGAAAGCUUUUUGAGAGCCUUAUUAAGGCCAACUUUGCAGGAGUUGUCCGAGAGAAACUUUGAAGACGAGAGCCAAAGCUUUUUUACAGGUGACUUUGCCAGCGAAUUGACUGGUGAAGACUUCUUUGGUUUUAGAGAGCUUGGAUUAGAAAAGGAGUUUGGAGUUUUGAGUUCAUCUGUUCCAUUACAGUUACUGACUACUCAGUUUCAAACUGUUGACGGGGAAACCAAAGUGCAGGCCAAAAAGAUCCAACCGGAAGAAUCAGACAGCAUUGUGUAUAAGAAAAUUACAAAAGGUAUGCUGGAUGCUGGUUCAUUCUGGAAUACUCUACUUCCCCUAUUACAAAAAGAUUAUGAACGUUCCAAGGCCUAUAUAGCAAAGCAAAGCAAGUCAUCUGCAAAUGAUAAAACCUCAAUGACUUCCACAGAAGACAAUUCUUUCGCUUUACUAGAAGAGGAUCAGUUUGUCUCAAAGAAAACCGCAACGAAGGCAAGAUUACCUCCUACUGGUAAGAUAAGUACCACAUACAAAAAGAAACCGAUCGCAAGCGCGUUUAUACUUCCAGAAGAAGACUUGGAAAACGACGUAAAAGCGGAUCCAACAACAACUGUAAACGCCAAAGUGGGUGCAGAAAAUGAUGGAGAUUCUUCCUUAUUUUUGCGAACGCCUCAACCUUUAGAUCCUUUGGAUAUGGAUGAUGCUUUUGAUGAUACCAAUAUGGGCAGCAAUAGUUCAUUUAGCUUGAGCCUUCCUCGCCUUAAUCAAUAA